AGCGGACCGAGCCGCGGCCGCAGCGGGCGGCGGGCGCAGAGGCGGCRGCGGGGCGGGCCGCGGCGGGCAGUCGGGCGGCAGCGGCGGCGGCGGCGGCGAUGCGGCGUCCCCGCUGAGCCCGCCCGCUCCUGGCGCCAGGGGCCCGCCGCGCGAGGCGGCCCGGGUCGGGCGGCAGCAUGCGGAGCGGCGAGGAGCUGGACGGCUUCGAGGGCGAGGCCUCGAGCACCUCCAUGAUCUCGGGCGCCAGCAGUCCGUACCAGCCCACCACCGAGCCGGUGAGCCAGCGCCGCGGGCUGGCCGGCCUGCGCUGUGACCCCGACUACCUGCGCGGCACGCUCGGCCGCCUCAAGGUCGCCCAAGUGAUUUUGGCCCUGAUUGCAUUCAUCUGCAUCGAGACCAUCAUGGAGUGCUCCCCAUGUGAAGGCCUCUACUUUUUUGAGUUUGUAAGCUGUAGUGCAUUUGUGGUGACUGGAGUCUUGCUGAUUCUGUUCAGUCUCAACCUUCACAUGAGGAUCCCCCAGAUCAACUGGAACCUGACAGAUUUGGUCAACACUGGACUCAGCACUUUCUUUUUCUUUAUUGCCUCAAUUGUACUGGCUGCUUUAAACCACAAAACCGGAGCAGAAAUUGCUGCUAUGAUAUUUGGCUCCUUGGCCACAGCAGCCUAUGCGGUGAGCACGUUCCUGGCUGUGCAGAAAUGGAGAGUCAGUAUCCACCAGCAGAGCGCCAAUGACUACAUUCGAGCCCGCACUGAGUCCAGAGAUGUGGACAGUCGCCCCGAGAUCCAGUGCCUGGACACGUGAGGAUUGCUGGAGUCCUCCUUCCUCUCAUCCUCAUGCCCAUCUUUCCAAUCAAGUUUUCUUUCCCUCGGCACGUCAAACUUUCAUGUGAUUUAGUUGAAUUUUGUCUUCUUAAGUUCACUUUGGGAAAGGGCAUCCAGAGUGGCCCAGUGGACAGGUGUGUGGUGGCCUGAAAAGACCCAUGUCCUCGAGUGUUGGGUGGCUGUGGGAGCCUCUGGCCGCGCUGACCUCCUGUGUCUACUCUAGGGCUUAAGUGUCCCAGAGUGCAGGCUCCCAUCUGACUCUGAGCCAUCCUGUCAUGUAUUUGUGAUGAGUCAAGACUUUGGGUUAAAUGGGGCUGCUAAAGAGGGGAAAUACAUGUCAAGGAAUGAAGGUUAGGGUUAAAACAGUCACCAGUGCUCUGGGCAGGAUUGAGUCUGGCUACCAGGAUCCACUCUCCUCAUCUUCCCUGCACCUGGUGUCC